AUGGUAAAACAUCUAAAAGUAGAGGAACUGACGAAGGCGGAGCUACUUAUUUAUAGACAGCUCCAAAAAGAAGCUUUUCCCAAGACGUUUCAGGAUCUGCAAGAAGGGCGGCUACCGCACCAUAAGGAGAAAAUUGCCGCACUCCGACCCGUGUGGGACGCAAGAGACAAGUUGAUUAGAAUAACAGGAAGAGUAGAGCUAGCGCUAAGAGACAGGGAGAUUGAACCCGCCAUCUUGCUUCCCGCUCAACAUCCAGUCGUCAAACUAAUCAUCCAAGAUCGACACGUCUCGCUAAAACACGCUGGAGUUAAAACCACUCUAUCGGAUCUAAGAGAACGUUUUUUGAUCAUUAAAGGACGCCAACAGACCAAAUCAGUCUGGCACGCCUGCGUCAAGUGCCAACGGCUAUCUUUACCGCCAUUCAGAGAAAUAGCUGCACCUCUACCGAUUAAUCGACUGAAACAAGCGAAAGCCUUCGAAAUCACUGGUGUUGAUUUCGCAGGGCCGCUGUAUUACAAACACCCAACAUUGCGUAAGAAACGCAAGCAAACGGAUCCUACAUCCUCCACGGAUCCCUCGUUAACGGAUGGUUCGGCUUUGGAGCCUACGGUAGAGCCUCCAGCGAUGGAGCCCAUUGAAGAACCUCCAACCACAGAACCAACGGAGGAAAAUGAAGAAAACCGCCAAUUGGACAAAUCCUCAGCCAAAACGAAAGGCAAAGUUAAACAGCCAAAGAGCUAUGCCUGCCUAUUUACUUCUGCUGUAACGAGGGCCGUCCAUCUGGAGCUAACAAAAACGAUGUCCGCGCGCGACUUCCUCCUCGCAUUUCGAAGAUUUUCCGCCAGGAGGGGUAGUGUCUCCAUCAUGUAUUCGGACAAUGCCCAAACAUUUAGAUGCGUCUCGAAACAUUUGAAAGUCAUAAGAUCCGACCCAGCGAUCCACGACCUUCUGGCAAUGCGGAAAACCGAAUGGAUUUUCUCGGCCAGCCUAGCCCCAUGGUGGGGAGGGUUCUGGGAGAGCAUGGUGCGGACGAUGAAGGAUUUGUUGAGGCGCUCCAAUGGUCGUGCAUGUCUGAAAUACGACGAGCUAGAGGUUAGUCUCAUUGAAACCGAUAGCGUGGUGAAUGCACGGCCACUCACCUACGUGGCAGAAGGGAGCGACGACCCUCUCCCCAUCACCCCUAACCAGUUUCUCAACAAUAGGCCUUCGAACUGCACUCCGCCGGAGCCAGCCAAAAACCUCAUGGCUCCCGACGCAACCAAUUUGAAACUGCUGGAAAUGGAUCGUCAACGUAGGGAGUAUGUCAGCGAUAUCUGCGAACGAUUUGUGACGGACUACUUUCUCCAAAUCGACAAGUUACACUGUAAAGGAGGACCCGGCCGCAAGAUCCGGGUAGGAGAAGUGGUCAUCAUUCACGAUGACAACACCAAGCGCCUUAUGUGGACGAUAGGAGUGGUGAAGGAGCUAGUCGCUAGCAGAGACGGGUUGAUCCGUUCGGUUAUGGUCAAGACGCCGAACGGGAACCUUAUCAACCGUGCCAUUCAAUCGUUACACCCCUUAGAGCUACGUGAGGAUCAGCAGGACGACGUCGAAAUUCCACCUACGCCAGAGCUGGAAUUGGAAAAAAAAAAAGCAACUCCAACCGUGGCCGCCGCAGAUCCAGUCGAGCAGGAAGAGCCGUGGACCACGGGCUCUGUGUUCGUAGCAACUCACGCGAUCGAGAUAGUCGUUCACGUGAUAGCCAUGCUCGUAACAACUCAACUCAGCACGAUCGAGAUAAUCGUCCUCGUGAUAGCCAUGCUCGUAACAACUCAACUCAGCGCGAUCAAGAUAAUCGUCCGCGUGGUAGCCCGUCCCGAUCACGAUCUCGUUCCAACCCGCGUUCGCGUACACGCUCAGCUUCCAGGAUUCGGUCUCGCAGCCGUUUGCUAA